CUUUCUGCAGUGUGAUUGUGAUAAGAAGGCUCGACCUGAUCUAUAUUUUGUUGAACUGUAGAGUACCGUGGUUGCACUGCAGGUGCAGGACCCUUUAUUUCCCGCUGCGCUCUCCGGCUGAACGCUUCGACCUCUGCAGGCUUCAAGCCCCCUCUGCUCAUAUUUGUUAUCCUCAACACCACUCGUCCUCACAUCUACGCCGCGCUUCACACGACGUGAGAGCUCGUGUGCAAGGAGUACUUUGUUGUUGAAUUGCCUCUCUCGCCGCUGCCCUGCCAUUGUCGACUGACGCCCCUUUCUGUACCAUCAUGGCGGACGCGGGACCAUCGUCCAGAGGUGACGAGAACCCUGCAACCGACAAAACACCAUCUUCUGCAGCUGCCAGGAAGCCCUCAAUUGCUUUAGAUCAGUCGAAGUUGAAACAAACACCAUCGCUGAAACCGUCCACAGCUUCCAAGGUUGAAAAUGUACCUCCGCGUCGUCCCGGUAUUGCUACAGCUGCCGCAAAGCGACCUACUACGACUUCGACCGCAACAUCUGGUACAACCUCGCGCCUGACAGCAAGUACCACGAAGCCACUGACCUCGACAACUACCUCAAGGCCCUCUACUACUAGCAGCUUGAGCAAGCCCCCAACGCGUCCUCCUCCGGGCUCAUAUGUGCGCCGUUCGACAAAAUCUACCGCUGACAACGACACGGCUUCUGUCACAUCUGGUGAUGAGAAGAGGUCUACAAUAUCAGCCGGCACAUCGGCAGCGAAAAAAAUGUCCACCGUAGGGGUUGCUUCGACGCGAUCAUCGCCAUCAAAGCCAGGCAUCGCUGCGGAUCGGCGUUCGACAAUCACUCCAGCUUCGAAUCGACUACUAGACCUUCAGCGAGCUCAGCGGCCAGGCCUUCAGCCCCACCGGUCCCUCGCACUGGGAUCUCCUCGCGUCCUUCGACAGCUACUUCCACCGCGACCAAGUCUGUGACGGCCUCGCCGAAGAAGCCAACUUCAACUUCAUUCAAGGUUCAGGAAGAAGAACAAGUUACCUCACCUUCGCUAGAGUCUCAUCCCACUGUAC